CUCUCUUCCUCCUCCAACUACUUCUGUAAAUCAUUCUCUGUUCCACAUCGAGACACCCGUUAUUCAAUUCAAAUCACCUCUGGAUUCUCGUUUCUUUUUCUUAAAACAAAAAAAAAACUAUUUUUAGUGUGUCUGUACACUUUUUCCAUUUUUAGUUCUCAUUGUUCCUCACGAGAGACAAAAAACAAAAAAAAAAACAUUUUUUCUUCGCUUCAGCUUCUCUGUUUCUGUAUUUUUAAUUCACAAAAAAGAAGGAGAUAGAUAGCGUUUGCAGAACGUGACAGCAUUAUAAUAUUAAAAGGUUACAACUUUGAUUAAAAGAUUUUAAACUCUUUUCCUAAUCCAAUAAAGUCGCUUCCUUUUUUUGACGGUGUCAUCUUUCAGUUCUCGUGUUUGGUCCGAACUUGACGAAAUAUCUUUAGGACAAAAUCUGGAGAGGAGACCAGAACAAUGUUCGGGAUCCAAAACAGACGAGACUUAACCAUGGAGCUCCAAUCCCAAAUCCCAAUCCUCCGCCCCAGCAUCCACGCCCGACGAGCCAACAUCGUCGUCAAGUUCCAAGACAUGUACUCGUUCACGGUGGAAGGCAACGUCGACGACGUCAACGUCUUAAACGAAGUGAGAGAGAGAGUGAGGAACCAAGGGAGAGUCUGGUGGGCUCUGGAAGCUAGCAAAGGAGCUAACUGGUAUCUCCAGCCUGAGAUUCUCUUGAUCGGCGCGUUGAAGAAAACGUCUCUAAAGAUCUCGGCUUUGGCGAAUGCGAUCACGUUGAAGAGGUUGGUUAGGAAAGGGAUCCCUCCGGUUCUGAGGCCUAAGGUUUGGUUCUCUGUUUCUGGUGCUGCUAAGAAGAAGUCUACGGUUCCGGAGAGUUAUUACAGUGAUUUGACUAAGGCUGUUGAUGGGAUGGUCACGCCUGCCACGUUGCAGAUUGAUCAUGAUCUGCCAAGGACUUUCCCUGGUCAUCCAUGGUUAGACACUCCUGAAGGUCAUGCUGCUCUACGGCGUGUGCUUGUUGGGUAUUCAUUUCGAGAUUCUGAUGUUGGUUAUUGUCAGGGACUAAACUAUGUUGCGGCGUUACUAUUACUUGUGAUGAAGACAGAAGAAGACGCGUUCUGGAUGCUAGCUGUUCUUUUGGAAAACGUAUUAGUCCGUGACUGCUAUACAACCAACUUGUCUGGAUGCCAUGUUGAGCAGAGGGUAUUCAAAGAUUUGCUUGCCCAAAAAUGUCCAAGAAUAGCUUCUCAUCUUGAGGAUAUGGGCUUUGAUGUUUCCCUUGUAGCCACGGAAUGGUUCCUAUGCCUCUUCUCCAAAAGCCUUCCUUCUGAGACAACUCUAAGACUGUGGGAUGUACUUUUCUAUGAAGGAGCAAAGGUUCUUUUCCACGCAGCUUUGGCCAUAUUCAAGAUGAAAGAAAACGAGUUGCUUAUGACUCACCAGGUCGGUGAUGUAAUCAACAUAAUACAUACCACCUCACACCAGCUCUUUGACCCUGAUGAGUUACUAACGGUGGCGUUUGAGAAAAUUGGAUCGAUGACUACCAACACAAUCUCAAAGCAGAGGAAGAAGCAGGAACCGGCAGUGAUGGCAGAACUUGACCAGAGACUUAGGAGACUCAACUCUCUUAAAGAAACUGGUAAGAACACAUAAACAGAAAGAAACAAGUGUUGGUUUGGGAGAAGAUGAGUGAGCCAUAAAGUGUACAAGGAGGAGAGUCCAAUGGCUUAUAUAUAUGCUCACCCCUCUUGAUGGUCCUUUUAUUCUUCUUCUUUUGCUAAAGUAAAUAAAAUAGGAUAUUUUUUUUUAAUUUUGAGAGCAAAACAAAAAAAGACCAACAAGAUCCAUUUUCUGAUAUGGUAAAUGUCAAAGUUUCAUCCA